ACGCCUCUGAUUAAAGAAAAUCAGCUGUGUAUCAAAUCACGACGGCUAUCAACUAGAUGGCGUCCUCUCUCGUUCACUCCGACUCACUACCGGCGACUACUGUCCAAUCCCAUGCCUCCAACCUUCUUCAAUUGCCCGACAAAACUCUUCUCUGUGCUUGGUUCGGCGGCUCCCAGGAAGGGUUACCUGACAUCGGUAUCUGGCUAUCGCGUCAAACCCCAGGGUCAAAUGAAUGGUCUCCGCCGCAGAAGAUCUCAUCGGACACGGGCCGCAGUUGUCAAAACCCUGUGCUUUUUAGAGCACCUAGGACUGGUCACAUAUGGCUCUUCCACACGUCACAAGAUGCCGGAAACCAGGACGGUGCAUUGGUUAUGGUUCGGACAUCCAGUGACCAUGGCGUCACCUGGUCGGACCCUAGAUACCCCUUUAAAGACUUGAAGGGGGUUUUCGUACGCCAGCCACUCGUUGUUCUCAAAGAUGGAACAUGGGUUUUACCCGUCUUCCUCUGCCGAUCCGCCGCAGGACAGAGAUGGAUAGGAAAUGAUGACAUCUCUGCUGUGCUUUUCUCACGCGACGAUGGUGUGACCUGGGAGGAAAAGAGAGUCCCUGGAGGGAUUGGCGCGGUUCACAUGAAUAUUGUGCCGCCUGUCAGGGGACAAGAUCAAUAUGUUGCCUUCUUCCGGAGUCGAUGGGCGGAUAAGGUGUACCGGUCCACGUCCACAGAUGGAAUUGACUGGACGUCUCCGGAGCCCAACAGUCUGCCAAAUCCCAACAGCGGAAUAUGCGCUGCCCGUCUUGCAUCAGGAAGCAUUGCAAUCGUCUUCAACGAUUCCGCUGCUGUGACCAAUAUGGCUAGACGGGAGGGUUUGUACGAUGAUAUUACCCCCGAAGACGACAAACGACCCAACCAGGUAUCCGUGAAUGGUAAAUCCGCCAUCUGGGGUACCCCUCGCAAGGCCUUGACAGUUGGCAUCUCCUCAGACCAGGGCAUCACAUGGACAACACGGGUUCUGGAGGAUGGCGAUGGAUUCUGCAUGACAAACAACUCGGAGAAGAAAAUGAACAGGGAGCUGAGCUAUCCCAGUAUCUGGGCCGAGCAAGAUGUCUCACAUGCGCCUGUUCAUAUUGCUUUCACGUUCCAUCGCCAGCACAUCAAGUAUGUUCGGAUUGAAAACGUUGAACGUUGGGUGGACAAUGCUUGAGGCCGAGGAAGCGCACAGCUGGUCGUUAUAUGUUAGGUGGCCCUGCGGAGCCACUGAAUAGGGGGGCAAAGCAGGGGGUCGGCCAGGGGCUAAGAACUACGAAAACAUUUAUUUGAGGACUGGGGAGGGCCAGAAUUCAGAUGUAUUCCGAAUCCCUGCCUAUAUUCUGCUGCUGCGGACUAUUUGUAGGACGCCUCUUGACUCUCCUCCAAAUCAAGUAGUGACACUCUCUCUAUG